CCGUCGUCCUCUUCUGCGCCCAUCGUCGACGCUACGCUGCUUUGUUUGAGCCUUCGUGCUGCAAUGAACGUCAAUGAACACGAAGAGUGCCUGCAAGAUCUACUUCAGUCUGGCCUACCCCAGCGGAUCAGGCUAGCCAAGGGGCAUAAUGAAGGCCAGGCUACCGACUCAUCUCAACUGUCAAGAUCCUGCUCCUUCCAUAUGCGCGUCAACCCACAUUCCCUUGGGCCCUCAAGCUAGCCAAAAAGCUGUCCUGACUCGUAUCGCGUCCGGGUCUUGCGAGAGAUGGUACGAUGGGGGCAAGGUCCGGCGAGCGCGCAGGGUAUUCUGGGGGGACAGGCCCAAGAUAUUCUGGGCCCGACGGGAGCUUUCUGAGGGCCGAUACGGCCGAAGCAGUACGUCGCAUUAUUGUUACCAUACAUAGAAAUUCUUCUCGAAGACGCUUUCAGUGACGCUCUCUUCGCGUAGAUUUGCCUCCCGUGCCGUGCUUCUGCGAUGUCUUUCCCCGUCGCGGUGAGAACGGAAGAUCGGUGCACGAAUGUUCGCGACGCUCAACUUCCUUCGUGUCGCAUUCCACUUCGAUCGCGGUGCCUCGGGGAUUUUUCUGGUAACACGUGUUAUCGUGUGUUUCUCUCCCCGGGGGGAACGGCUGCCGACCCCGCAAUCUCCGCCAAGGC